UCACAGAUCACAAAACUCUGGCCCUGGGCCUGGUUCAGGCGCGCCCCAUGACACCAGAUCUGCAUGCAGAUUUUGGGCGCCAGAAUGGUGUCCCUUGUUGGCCGCUUUCGCCCCCAGCAUUGGUGCCUGUGCUUCCUGUUGAUUGCCUUGUGCAUGCAGCGUGGGUUGUCAAGCUCUGAGCGUCCUUUGAGGCUUCGUUCUGCAUUUCAAAUGAGCGGUCACAAAAGCAUCGGAGUUGUCAGCGCAAACUGCAGCGUGCCAAACUCUGCCGACGAUUCAGCAGACGACGAGAAUGCAGGUUUUGACGGGGACGACGACGAUGAUGUCAGCUUAAAACCCGCCCGCCGAAUGGGUGUGCAAGGGAAUGAGAAGCUGGCCCCUGAAGAUGAAUCAGAAGAUGACAGCUGGAGAGUGGAAGGUACAGACUGGCAGGGAGACCUGGGGAGGUCGGUGGAUCUACCCUGGCCAGGACAUCACAAGCACCGGCAUUUGCUGAUUGGCGUGCUGACUCAGCCGUACUACAGCUGGAACAUGACCAAACCUGAUGCGGAGCACACCGGGCUGGACAAGCUGUUCAUUGGUGCGUCAUACGUGAGGUUGCUCGAGGCGGGAGGGGCGCAAGUGGUGCCAGUGUUUCAUGACUCAACAGACGAGGAGUUUGAGAAGGUCAUGUCGCAGAUCAACAUGCUCGUGAUACCAGGGGGCUUUGCCAGCCUCAAGAAAAGCAGCGAGUUCUACCAAGCGGGAAAGAAGCUCCUGGAUAUUGCCAUGAGGCUCAACGACGACGGUGACUUCUUUGCCGUCCACGGCAUCUGCCUAGGGAUGGAGCUCAUGUUGAAAGCAGUUAGCGCGAAACACAAGAUACUGCGGCGGGUCAACGCCACCGCUGCGCCAGCAACCUUGUUCUUCCCCUACCGGUCGGCCAGGAGGAAAGCCAUGUUUGCCUGGUUGAGCGAUGAGUUGAUAGAGCGGAUAAAGCAAGUCCCGGUCGCUAUGGAGAACCACCACUUUGGGCUGAACCCUGACCGCUUCGACGAGAACGAAGACAUCUCCAAUUUCUACGAGAUGCUGACGACAUCGCCCGACAAAGAGGGAACGCAUUACGUCAGCACCAUCCAGGCUACCAGUUACCCCUUCACUGGGACACAGUGGCAUCCAGAGAAGUCUGCUUACGAAUGGUACAGCACUUACCACGUGCCGCACUCUUUGGACGCGAUCCAAUUGAUGCAAGCGACCGCCAACUUCAUCGUCAGCCAAGCGCGCAGGAACGACCAUCGGCUCCCGUGUUGGGACGACGAGCGGAAGCUCUUGAUCUACAACUAUCCAUUGCUCUUUGGAAGUCGGCAAAGGCACUCAGUAUACGACCAGUAUUACAUCGUCCCCGCACGAGCGGAGAGGCAAGCGUUGGCGCAGGGGGAGCAAGCGGCGACCAUCUAGUUGCAGGUUUAGGGACCCUUCUAAACAUAAUGUGGUCGAAGCAAUGGUUUCCGAGAGGUCAGUUUGAGAGUAGUGUAUAUUCUGGGUAGCUUUGCUUCUUAGAGAGGACCUGUGUGUUUGUCGUGCAAGAGCCGAUGAAAGGCAGCAUAAAGUGCACAGAGAAGGAAAACAAGCGUGAUUCCGGAGCGCCGGGUUUGAUCCUAGGUUUGGUAGAUAGUCAUGAGAGAAUCGCAAAAACAGAUUGUUACUUCGUGAGAGGUCCGAAGAGCGGGACUAGGUGCAGGUGCAGGCAGGUCGGAGUUGCAGUUGAGUGUAGGUUGAGCACGUAGUUGUAGCUUGCAAUGCCUCGUUUUGUGUGAUUCUUCUAAGACAAGGUUGGGUGCUUAGUCAUCGGGUAAGCUACCGCCUAAAAAAGCUUGUACAUCAACGUUGACACAUCUCAGCAUGGUCACUGCCCGUUUUCCGAAGCUUACACAUGAGAAGGACGACCGUCACUGAGUCACUGAGUUGACCGCUGAAGUUAACUUGCAG